UUUAAAAUUGUUUGUGACAUAUGUAGCAUCUCCAAUCCAGUUAGGAAAAUGAGGGAGCACUUGCAAGAGUGUGUUGAAGAUUUUAUUUAGUUUUUACUAUAUACAUAUAAGGAAAAUCUAUGACCCCAGGGGCGGGGUCAAUUUUGACCACAGGGGUUUAUUUUAACAAAUAUGGUAGACAUCCACUAGAGCAUGUUUCAUGCCAAAUAUAUAAGCUCUACCUCUUUUGGACUUUCACAAGAAGAUUUUUUAGGUUUUACUAUAUACAUAAAAGGAAAAUCGACUACCCCUGAGGCGGGGCUAAUUUUGACCCUAGGGCAUUAAUAUGAACAAACUUGGUAGAUAUUUUAUUUCAUUAGUAUAUACUUUUCUCUUUUUAUUAGAGAUUAAUUGUUUAUGUCUUUCAGGAGAUGGACGGAAUGACUCACCAGGACAUUGCUCCCAGUAUUGUUCUUACACUUUAAUGGAAGAUACAACCAAGAAGAUUUUAACAAUAAAAACACUGGAUAAACGUAUGACUGAUAGAAAGUCUGUUAACAUGGAAAAACUAGGGUUUGAAAGAGGGAUGAGUGAGCUUGAGUCUGAACAGGUGGAAGUAAAAGAAGUUGUCACUGAUGCUCAUCUUGGUAUAGGAGCACUCAUGAAAUCCAGAUACCCUGACAAGAAGCACUCCCAUGAUAUUUGGCAUGUUGCAAAGAAUCUUGGGAAAAAAAUAGUAAAGAUUGCUCAGAAGAAGCAAAACUCUGUAUUGUUGAAGUGGUCAAAGGACAUUAUCAACCAUUUCUGGUUUGCAUGCAAAGAAGCAAACACUUGCAGUCAAUUUGUGAGUAUCUGGAGAAGUGUCCUCACCACAUCACAAACACACAUGAGUGGAUGUUACCAGAUGGAAAUGGUCAGACAGGAUGUUUACAUGAACCCCUGUCAGCAGAAGAGGCUCGAGACAAACUGUGGCUGAAUCCCUCAAAAGAUGCUGCAACAUUGAAAGAUUUGACCAGUCUUGUUUUAGAUAAAAGACUUCUGAAGAAAGUGGGCUAUUAUUUGAACUUCAGGUACUUUUAACUAAAUUAGCUUACUUCGGAAAAAUAAUGUUUAAAAACCCAAUAUCAUUUGAUUUUAGGAGGCUUAAAGUUUCAUCUUACUGUUUACUUUUAUCUAGUACAGUUAAACUUUGUUCGCUUGAACUCGGAUCGCUGAAACUCAUUGCCUAUCUUUGAUAAAGAUAUAAACACCCCUAUUACCACACAUGUAGCUAGUAGGUCAGCUUGAUGCAGGUAAAAUUUACUAUAUAAAUGUUAGUUUUAAACCAGAUUAUUUAAAUAUUAUCUUCUUUUUUGCUUCUUUUCAUAGACAUAUAUUAUUCUAUGAUAUAUUAUGCAGCAGUUGAUUGCAGGAUAAAAAACGUACCAAGCGCCCAACUUUUCCACCCGCAAUCAACGGAUAUUCUUGCAACCAGUUAAUGGGUGUGUUUAUAAAAUUUAAGUCAAUAUUUACAAAAUAAAACCUUGCAAUUGUUUAAAAUUACAGCAUGAUGAACAUUGCAAAAACUUUACUUAGGUGUUGUUUCAUCAGACAAGAUAUGUAUUAAUCAUUAGUUCCAUAUGUUCGUGCCUGUGCUGAAAAUUUUUCUUGUGAUGGCAUUUUAUUUCAAAAUCGCCAAAACUACAAUCAUAGUACAAUGUGUAGGAUAGUAGCUUUAAUAGGAUAUUUAAAUGGAAUUUAACAUUUCUCUCUGUUAUCUGUCUAGAAAUAUUGAAGAAACAAAACAAACAAAAGACUUUGAAGACUUUUUAACAGGACUUACAGUGGGCCGGAGGUGAGAAAUCACU